ACCAUAUGGGAUGAUGUCUUACCUAACCUUUAGUCAUGAUUGUUUACAAACUUCUAAAUUAAUAGUUUACAUCAUAAACGAAAUAAUCUGCCCCUUUACAGAAUAUUAAAUCUUCAUGAACAAGAAACGAAAUAGAAGGCAGAUUUAAAAUAAAGACUCUUUUGUUUACAGAAAAUGGGCAGCCCUUGGGAAGAUGUGGAGACAGCCAUAGUCUACCCUUUUCUAUCUGUGUUGUUGUGGCUCUUGAUAUGGAAAUUCUUCAUCGAUAAAGUGGCCUACUGCAUCAUCGGCCUGACGGACAAACUGAUCAAUGGAGCGGUCGUUACAGUGGCUCACUUGGUUUCGCUUCAGAGGAUGAUACCUUACGAAGGGAUAUUCCUUCCUACCCCACAAUCUACUGAAAUGGUGCUUCUCUUCUCGGCCUCCUACCAUCUGAAGACAGCCUUCUGUUCGGAAGGGAAGACGAACAUCUCCUACAAUCUGAUGGUUUUCAUCAGCAUUAUGGACGUGAUUUCGUUAAGGAAAGGAGGCGACACAACUCUGUAUUUCUUGAUUCUUCUCGAGGCUCCGGAUCUUAUAGGUUCAUUCAUUAUUCCAUUUUUGAGAUCGGCGGCCUGUUUUGACGUCAUCUACACGGUACUGUAUAUUGCAUUCAAGGUUUGUCUUCUUGGCCACAUCUUAUAUCAGGAAGUCAUGAAUAGUAAAAUCUCAGAAGACAUCAAAAUGAAUAACUUUAUCAUAUACCUCUACUCAUUGGUUUGUUUGCCAGCAAUGUUACUGGGUUGCUACCAGUUCUGCUCAGGCGAUGUAGACAAUUCAUUGGCGGGUAUGUUGCCUCAGCUAAGCAGAAAAAGAUUGGAAAUCGCACGUUGUAAAGGGUGCAAACGUAGGAGUUUUUCUCGUGCCAGACGUCGUUGAAAAUAUUUUAAUAAACUAUUUACACAUUCAGUCGUUUUAAUAUACACUGAGAGGCAAAAAAUGUUAUUUAAAAGAAGGUAUUUUUCUUUAUUUCAUAUAUUACUAAUAUAUAUUUUUUGGUUCUUAUUUCCUUAAACAACCGAAACCAUAUACAUUAAUAAGACACUAAAAAAUUGAAAUGAUUGCAGAUUAUUAGAAAAUUAUUAUGUUUUGCAAAAUAUAAUCAUUUUAAAAAUUAUACGUUUAGUAUAAAUUCAACUCGAUGUUGCUUAAGAUUUUUAAAUAGAUUUCUUAAUUGUCUUAUUCUUACAUCAAAACUACCCUUAAUUCUAAUGAAUUACUGGUAAAGAUGGGCUCCUAAAACAUCUCGACUUCUGCUAUAUUAUUAAAAUAUUCCAUAGCGUUGCGCAUGAGUUCCGAAUAUUGGAUGGAUAGUCACUUCAAAUAUUUGAUAUAACAUUUUCCUGAUAGUUAUAGAUAUAUAUAUAUUUUUUUUUCCUCUCAGUGUAAUAGAAGUCUAUUUUCAUUAAAACUUAUUAUUAUAACAAUUGAUAUUAUAUCAAAUCCAAGAAAAAAAUUUAAAGUUCUGCAAACAAGUAGAAAAACUAAAUGCAACACUACAUGAUGAAUGCAGAUGAUCGGUCACCAACAAUGCAAAAAAAAAAAAGUUGUACACUCAUAUAAAAUUAUAUUAAAAAACACAAUAUUAAAAAAAAAAUGGUGCAUUUUAUUUAAUUACGAAUUAAUUUUCAACUUGAUCAAAAAGAAAACAAAAUUUUUACGAUUUUUUUUUUAAGAUACCGAUUAUGUUUUCUGUUUGAUCAUGUGAUAUAUAUAAAAAAUAUGAAACACUUGUUUUUUUUUUUUAUUCAUCAAAAUUUAUAGUGUAACUGUUCCUCAAAAUAUGUAAAGUACACCUAUUUCAAAAUUUUUGUUAGGAGGCUUAUAAAAGCUUCUGUGUAACUUUUUACUUUUUAUAUUUUUUGGUGAGAAUGUUCUAACAAGGAUUCAUCACGUCACUAUCACUUGUGGUCACAUUGAACAUGGACUUAAUAUCCGAACACCAUUGAGCUUGAAUCUUUGUGCUUAGUUACAUGUAAUGAAGAAUUAAGCAUUGGAGGCAACCGGUAAACUUAUGGAGUCCAUCCGACAGAGUCCAGCAUACGCACCGGUUGGGAUAAUACUUGGUGCUUUUGCUUGGUUCGCUUUGAAGAAAAUUUCAGAACACAUUCCAUGCGUGGAUGCCGCUCAACUUAGAAAAACAUUACUAGCAUUGAUAUUUUCAGGCGCUUACGCUUACACUUGGACCCAGGGAUCGAAUCCCCAUGACGCUGAAAUAAAAGAGAGUACUCUUCAAGAUGAAAUUCCCCUUCUCCUGGCAGGAGGAUACUACAUGCUUCACAUCUACCCCCAGAGAUUUCCAAGUACGUCCACCCAUCAUUUGAUCAGCAUGAUUGCCAUCAGCUGCGUCAUUAUUGAACAGAAAGGAGCUUCAGCCGCCAACACUUUUGGCUUUCUUGUCGAGGCUCCAAAUGUCUUCUUUGCUCUAAGGGGAUGUAUCGCCAAGCUGGAGUGCUUUGCGCUCGAUAUAAUACUUAACGUUAUUUACCCAAUGAUAUUCGUUCUUGCCAAAUUUGCAGCUCUCGGAUACCACACGUAUCUCAUUGUGAACCAAAGCGUUCCAAUGCAUAUAAAAGUUUUGACAGUCAUAUUGGCUUUGUUUUCACUCGCUUUUGUCCUUGAAAUAGCUUACCUGGCACUUAAUGGUGAUGAAGAAAGCAAUAAAGGAAGAUCUAAGUCUAGAUCAGGAUCAAAAUCAAGAUCCAAAUCCAGAACAAGAUCCAAGCCAAAUAACCGAAGGUCAAGAUGCUGCCAACGUUAAGAUUCUUGAUGGUUAUGAAUGAAUUUGAAAGUAAUUUUGUUUUUUGUUCGUGAAAACUUAUAUGAAAUCGAAGAUGCUAUUCAGAUUGUUUAAUUUCAAUAAAACAAAAUUGACAUUUGAUGUUUCUUUCUUAAUCUACAAAUCUUAGAAUUAUAGAAAACCUUAGAGCAGGGAAGGAGAGAGGGGUGGAGAUGAGAUGACAAAG